AUGUACAACUUGUGUAAGCUGCGUAGAAAUGCAAAAGUGCGCCCCAUCUCUGCAGCAGAGUUUUCGCGCAUGGUGGAGUCAGCUCAGCCGCCUUCUGGAUGGUCGGAAUCACUCGCGGUCGCAAACUCUGGUGGACCAGAUUCAACUUGCCUGCUCUUUCUCUUCGACCAACUCCUGAAGGGUCCGAAAGACGGGGGUCACAAGAAAUUGCCUAGACGUCUCAUCUCGCUCAGCAUCGACCAUGGUCUUCAAGCAUCGUCCUCUUUAAUGGCCGAACACGCUGCCAAAACUGCGCAAGCGCUUGGCGUUGAACACAACACGGUGACGCUGCCUUGGGGAGAAGGAAGCAAUCCUCCCAAACCAGGACCUGAAGACAAGAUUGAAGAAGUCGCACGGGCAAUGCGUCACAGGGCUUUCUUCAACAAUAUGAUUGCCAAUAAGGCCAAUGCCCUGGCUAUGGGUCAUCACAUCGACGACCAAGUUGAAACUAUGCUUAUGCGUCUAGGGAGAGGAGCCCAUUCAUAUGGUCUCGCUGGUAUGAGGCCUUGUCGAAGGUGGGGAAUGGGCAGUCAUGAAGAUUCCUAUGGUGCCGACGGUCUGAGAAGGUGGAUAAUCCGGCCGCUUCUAAGGGAGAGCAAAGACCGGAUUCUAGCCACAUGUGAAGAAAACAAGUUGGACUAUGUCAAUGACCCAACAAACUUCCAACCUCAACUUACUGUCCGGAAUGCCAUUCGACAUACCAUUAUGGAAGGAGGCACUGUCGCUACGACCGCUAGUGAUCCUGCACUUGCAAAAUUUCCUCCAGAAAUAGCCAAACAAUUGGCUGAGAUCAACGUUGCUGCUGCAAAGGAUCCUACUCUCGACUUCAACCUUGCUUCGAGUGUGGAACAUCUCAGAGAGGCCAAUCAAAGCAUGGUCUUGGAACGAUAUCGUCUUGAAGGCGAGGUGGACAGAAUCAUUGAAGAGGGCAGGCUACAAUCGCCCCAAGGCACAUUUAUGGUUUCCGUUCCCACCCUCAUGGAAAUAAAGAGUGAGGACGUUAAAGAAUCUCUCCUCUACCGAAUCGCUCGCUAUGUAUCACCAGAGCCAUGGGGCAAUCCCCGCGCCGAACUUGGGCGUCGGGAAGCCAGCAUGGAGCGGCUCAUUAAGCAGCUAUUUGCAUUCAAACAUUUGAGAGCCAAGAACAACAUUUCGAUAGUCGUCGGCUCCGGGGUGUGGUGGAAAUUGGUCAGCCUUGCAAAAAACCAGCUACGUACGGCGAUCAAGGAGGUACCACUGACCAGCAUGGCCUGGAUAGCAGUGCGACAACCACGGACGGCCGACAAGGAAGACCGACCUCAUAAUCCGCUACGUGUCGAUCUGAGCGACCAGUUGAAGGAAGCCAUACCGCGGCUUGGCCAUCACGAACCACCCCAUAGCGCCCUGGAAGUUAUGUACGACUGCCGAUUCCUUAUGCGUUUCCGGAUGGACAAAAUACCAGAAGACGUCGUAGAGACCCUGAAUAACGGUGGAAAACUCAUUGUCAAACCGCGAAGUGUCUUCCUCCUCCCUCAGAUCCUGCUUGUACACCGCAAGAAGGAUAAAGUCGUCCACAGUGACAUCAUCAAGAAGCCAUACUUUUUCCCCAGGGAUAUGGGUCAGAAAAAAGAUCGGACGGUUACUUCUGACUGGAUUACUGUAGAGUAUUUCAGACCAUCCACAGCCAUAUAA